AUGUUUGGGACGCCGAAAAACGCUUGGAUAUUCGACACCACGACACGAGACAAAGACGGGAUCGAUACAGGAUUUAUACGGGAGCGCCGAAUCCAGUUUUUCUUUUUGCUUUUUUUCUUUAAUUUCAUUUUUCCUUUCCUUCUUUUUCUUAAUAUUUUGUACAUUUUCCGUUUUUCAUUCAUUAAUUUUCUUUAUUUCUAUUUUUUUUUCUCUCAUAAAAUAUUUGAAUACGUUCCAUUUCUUUCUUCCUUCGAAUGUCACUAUUUUUGGUGUCGUGUAUUUUCUUACUCCGUUCUUCCUUCCUGUCUUUCUUUUUUUCUUUCUUUCUUUCUUUCUUUCUUUCUUCCUUUCUUUUUUUCUUUCUCCGUUCUUUCGUUUCUUCUUCAUUGCUUUAUUAAUUUCCUUCGCACUUUCUUCUUUGCUUCUUCCAUUUCUUCGAAAACGAUUGCAUAUUUAGUCUUUCUUUCUUUCAACAUGCCUUCGGAUCUGACAUAUUUGCCUUUUUCAUUCGCGUCUGUAUAUGUUAACUUUCUUUCUAAAGUAUUUGCUUUCGCUUUCUUUCUUUUUCGUUUUACGUUCAAUUUUCUUUUGCUUUCUUUCUUUCUAAAAUGUUCACUUUAUUUUUCUUCUUUCUUUCUUUCUAAAAUAUUUGCACAUUUUCUUUUUCUUUCUUUCUUUCUUUCUUUUUUUCUAAAAUAUUUGCACAUUUUCUUUUUCUUUCUUUUCUUUCUUUCUUUCUAA